CCCAACAAGCAGCACAAUAAGGAAGUUCCCCUUGCCCGAUAAACUCGUCCAACCAACCCAGGCAGAUGGUUUUAAGAAACACAGGAUGACAGAGAUCCAGCAGGGUUGCGUGGUGGAGGUGCUGGGGCUUCCUCAAAGCGUGGAUGAUGAGCUGCUCGCCCUCUACUUUGAGAACAAGCGCAGGUCUGGAGGAGGUCCUCUGGUCUCUGUGGACAAGAGAGGAGACUCUGCCAUUUUGGUGUUUGAGGAGGCAGAAGCUGCGGCUCGGGUGCUGUCCAGAGAGCACCAUGUGGUCCAUAAUGCGGAGUUGAGCGUGAGGAAGCCCGCCUCGAAAGACCCAUGUCGAUUUUUAUUGAAGGGCAUAAACCCCAGCACAAGCAUUGAGAUGAUCGAGCUCUUUGUGGAAAACCUAAUGAACCUCAAUGUGCAAGACUACAGCCUGCUCCCCUCAGCUGACAAAAGACUUCUCCUCAUUCAACUCAACCAACCCCUUGCACAAGAUUUUCAAAAGCUCAGUGAACGAAUCUCCAAAAGACAUCUUAGUGGAGCAGCGGUCACUCUGGAACAUGUGACAGAGACAGAUUCAGUCUUAGUGGAGAAUAUCUACCCAGGCACCACAGCAGACCUGAUCUCUUUGUACUUUGAGAGCCAGCGCGGAGGGGGUCAGCGGGUGAAGGAAGUGCUCAUGCUGUCAGAGGGCUCAGCCAAAGUGACUUUUGUCAGCUUUGAGUCUGUUAACCGUGUCCUGAGUCAACCUCACAAACUGGAUAACACUGAACUGGGGGUAAAACCUUACUUUGACUUUCUCCAACCAAAUGAAGCCACACCUUCACCUCCACCACAAUUACCGGACCCUCAACCCAUUGGCCCCAUUAUCACCAACCAAGUGUCUGUAGAACAAGACGAUAUUCCAAUGCAGACUACUCCCACUACUACACCUGUUUUGGCUAAUGCUAACAGCCUGCCGCCUCCCGCCGUAAUCCCAGAUCUUCCCAUUGACACAGUUGAAGUCAUGGAGGAGUCCCAAACAGAGGAGAUCCAAAUCACAACUGAAAAUAUUGCUAUCACAGAUUUACCCAAACUUGCUUUGUUUCAGAAAAGUACACUAGCUCAAGAUAUUGAAAAAUCGUACCCAAAUUACAAAAUUACAAUUACGAACAACGGCCUUUCCCUAACAGGUCCUAAAGGAACUGAAAUGGACCAAGUUAAAUGUAAACUUACUGAGUUUUUUAGCAACAUAACAGAAGUCAGGUUUACUGUAGAGCAGGAGAAAGCGCAAUUUUUGGCACAGGAAGAUGUAAAAGACAAGCUUGCACAAAUGCUCAGCCAAUCAGGCGCACUGACUUUGUAUACACUGUCUGACUGCAAUGUUGUGGUGACAUCAACAUCUGCAGGUUCUGCAAGGCAAGCCAGUAGCAUAUUAAAAUCACAAUUGUGUAGCUUUAGCAUGCAAGUGGAUCCACAAUACGAGAGCAUGCUGUAUUGUCGGGAGUGGCAGGAGUUCUGUCAGGCUCUGGGAUGUGUGAAAGUGUCCGAACGCGGAGGGAAUCUGGAUGUGUUGACUCUAAAAGGGAUGGAGCAGGAAAAGCAGGCGGCCAUAUUAACUUUUCUCACCACGCCGAUUGAAAGGGAGACAUUCAUUCAGAUGGAGCCGGGCAGACUUAAGUACAUCCAGAUCCACUCACAUCAGCUGCUGGCAGACAUGACGGAGGUGUCCAUUUUCCCAGUGGAGACAGAGGACAUCAGUGGGUUAAAGAUUUAUGGCCACCCCACUGCAUGCCAAAUCGCAGAGGAACUUCUCCAGGGCCUGGUGAAUGAAAUCUGCACCAAAACCAUCACCGUGAACGCUCCAGGGGUCACACGCUUUUGGCAGACGGACGAGUGCAAGAAAAUGUUCAACGAUAUGGAGACCAAGUUUCAAGUCUGCAUUUUUCCUGAGAUGGUUCCCUGGGUGCCACCACAGAACCAGAACAUGCUUGAAUGUGCAUGGAAGAUAAUGUCCGACAAAAACUUCCAUUUCCGAGAGACUCCAAAUGGUUUAAGCCAGGAUGCGAUGCAGACUGAUCACACUGAAGCCAACACUAGUUUGAUCAACGAAGCUAAAAAGAUUGUUUCGGUGAUUGAAGAAACUCCAUCAGAGCCCAUAGAUGUUCCUGACGCAUUUGAAGACAUGGACGACGUUGACUUGUACUCGGCAGAGGAACCCACAGAUCUCCAAGAAACUUUAACACCCCAGGCAGAACAUUCUGAAAAUCCUCUAACGCCAGGAGCAUCCGGUUUCUCACCUAACCUGGAAGAAGAGGCUCAGCUGUCUCUCGCUAUUCAAUACUCAAUGGAGACCAGUCAGUGGUCUAUGGAGGAUGAAGAUACGCAAUUACAAAAAGCAUUAGAAUUAUCCAGGCAAAUGAGCCAAGAAGCCCAAAACAUACAACAACAGCCAUCCAUACGAACAUUACAAGACACCAUCGAGUCAGCCAAUACUCUUAACUUAGUUGUGUUUGCAAGCUACAAGUCUGACUUGACUCGUGUAGACAUAGCGUUUAACAAAAAAGUUAGUCAGAGACAAGAUGAGCAAAAAUUAGAGCACAGGUGUCUAAAAUACAUAUCCAGUUUCCACAAAACGUGUUUGGAUGUGAUACGGAGAAACCAUGCAGUCAAAAUUGAUAUAGUAGGCACGAUAAUAAGCGUUUCAGGCUUUAAGACCUACGUAGAUGAAGCAAUUCCUGAUGUGAAACUGCUUUUAGAUAAAAUGUCAGAUACAAAGUCAGAUAAGGAGAUUUUAAGGACAGUGCAGUGGGUUCAGCAUGAUCCAACUACGCAACAGAAGACUCCAUAUCCACCUGAUCUGACCGUUCUUCUGCAGAAUGCAUGGAGAAUGAAGUUAAAAACACUGGACGUAUUACUGGAUAAUCAGCCACACACCAUAAACAUUGAGAAGAUGGAAAGUCAUAACAUUGCAUCAGGAGCAGUGCUGAAGAUCUCCAGACUGCCCGUCAUUCCAGACGACAAUGCAGAAACAUUUGUACCAGAAGAGGAUUACUCUCUGCUGUCAAACCUGCCCGAGGCAACCAGAGUCGACGAAGAAUCAGAUGAAUUUCAAAUGGUGGUGAAGAAUUUCUAUGAGACAAUUCAACAAUUCCACAGCAAGAUUCGAAUUGUCAAGGUGGACAAACUGAUGAACAAACUGCUCUACAGCCAGUACCAGUUGAAAAAGACCAGUGUGAAGCAGUCUGCUGUAUAUCCUCAAGUGGAACGCACUCUUUACCAUGGCACCAGCGAGAGCAGCGUUAAAGAGAUUUGUGUCCAUGGAUUCAACAGAAGCUUCUGUGGAAAGAAUGCUACUGUCUUUGGCCAAGGAGUGUACUUCGCUGUGAACUCAUCUUUGUCCAUAUCAGAUCAGUAUUCUCCUCCAAAUGUAGACGGACACAAGUUUAUAUUUGUGGCAAAAGUCUUGACUGGAGACUACACCAAAGGGGAUCACUCUAUGAAGACAGCCCCUUUAAAAGAGACAGGGGACAUACCUUUGAGAUACGACAGUGUAACUGACGACAUCACUAGGCCGAGCAUGUUUGUCAUAUUCAACGAUACACAAGCCUUUCCUGAAUAUCUCAUCACAUGUCAGCGCAUCUAUGGAAAUUUGUAGUAGAAAACAGCUCCCUUCAAAUUCUAACUUGACUUUGGUUUUAACACAAACACUGAUUUUAUCUAAUUCUAUUGUUCUUGCAUUAUUAUUUGAGUUGUAUAAUAUUCUGUUCUUUUUUUUUUUUAAAUCUACUUGAUUAGGAAAUGAAUGUAUUUACUUUUUAUUUUAAAGUCAAGUCUUAAAGUGCGUAUGACAGGUUGAACUACUAAUUUUAUGAAAACACAGUUAAGAUUUUACAAAAAUCUAUAAAAAAUUGCCAAUUGUUUUUUAGGUUUAAAAUUGUACUUCCUGGUUGGAAGUCAUGACCUCACACUAGGGAAUUCCAUAACAGUUACUUAUCAACCAUGUAGUGCACUGGGCCAAAACUCCUCUAAUGUGUAAUUAUUUAACAAAUAUAAAUAUAAGAAUACCUUUAUCUUGUUUAAAUCAUUGUUUAUCUAGUAUCAAAAAAAAGUUUCUUGAGUGAAAACUGUGCAUAACUUGUGGAUGAAAUCUUCUGGAAUUUUCAACAUUUUUCAACUCUUCACAAAUUAUUUCUUGAUCAGUGUAAAACUAUGAUUUAUAUUCACAUUUAUAUUUAUCCAACCAAUUUGAGUAAUUUGAAUGUCAUAAAAACCUGUCAUAUGGACUUUAAUGAACAGAACAGCUGGAUUUAAAGGUGUGUAGAAAUUGUUGUCAAGGGAUUAUUUAGCCUUACCUGUAAAUGUUUACCAAAGACCGAGCCCUUGGAAAAAGAUUUUUAUUGACUAAUUUUUGUGUUGCUGUUUCCCUUGACAUGUUUUGUGUAUAGAAUUUGAUUAUGUAGCUUUCAAAUUAAGAACUGUAUAUGAAAAAGAUUGGUAAAAUCACUUUCCAUACAACAACAAAAAUAAACAAAUUGUAAAGCAAA